GUAAAAAAUAACCUUGCACUUUAGUUAUCUGAACUUAAAAUGUAUUGUUAAUAUGACUACACAUUGCGGAGUUUGUUGAGAUAACUCAUUAUUUCAUGUUUAUUGUUUCUUAAAAAAUAAAAAGCUUUUUCAACUUAGAUUUUCAAGUCAACUGAAAUCACCAGAGUAAUUUAAACCGCGCAGGUGCCCUCAACGUCUUUUUUUAACGUGCGGUACGUCAGCGCAGGGGGCGUGUCUUCAGGAUAGAGGGCGUCCGUGAGGUCCGCCAUUUCAUGCUGGAGACAGUUCUCAAAUCUGGCGAGUUGAAUCUGGCGGGCAUUUUACCUUUUCGGGUUGUGAUCUGAGGGUGUGAGUGCUGUUAAUGCAUGAAGUGGAAAUGUAAGCUUUGCACUUACUUCACAAACAAUCGUCGAAAAAUACUUGGACAUUACAGAUCAAGCCACUCUCAUUACGGAGGACGAGUACCGAUUCCUUGUAUUUACAGUGACUGUGUGUGCUCUUUUAAGUCACACAAGGCUCUUGGAAUACAUGUGAGACAACAUGGAUUUUGCUACGGUGAAAAAGUGAAUUUUAGAGUCAGAUGUCUGCUAUGUGCAUUUAGUCAACCUGCAAAUCAUAAACAAUACUUUUGUCAUCUUAACACUCAUUUAAAAAACAAGGAAACUGUCACCUGCCCAUUUAAUGGUUGUAAUUUUAAGUCAAAAGUUUAUUCCAGUUUUACCUCUCACAGAAGUCGAUAUCAUGCCUUGGAUUUUUUACAAAAUUUUAAAGCAGAGCUUCUUUAUGGCCCACCACAUGGUGAAAACUCUGAUCCCCUAUUAGACACUGGUGGGUAUUCUUCUAAUAACACUGAGUCAGCUGUUCGUGAUAGUUUUGAUUUUCAGUCUGAUGAUGAUGAGGAUGCUGCUGAUGAUGAAGAAGAGCGAGGUAGCAUUGGUGACAAAAUUAGGAAUAGACUUGCAUCUUUGCUUCUACGAAUGCAAGCCAUCUUGCAUGUAUCUAAAUCAGCUACCCAGGAAAUAAUCAAUGAACUUCACGAAAUUGGAAUUUUAGCAGGUGACCUGUCAAAAAAAACUGCAGAAAACAUUUUUACAGAGCUCAGUUGUAAUAUAGAUGAGGCCACACUAAAGUUGUUAAAGGAAAGCUUACAGGAAACCAAUCCUUUUAGUUGUCUGUCACAGAGUGGACCACUGGGAACUGAAUACAAAAGACAGUUGUUUUACAAGGAAAGAUUCAACGUAAUUGAGCCAACUGAGUAUGUGUUAGAUCCUUUACUUAACAAAACAUUUGUUUAUGUUCCAAUUUCAGGUGUGUUGCCAGCAUUGUUGAACAAGUGUGAUGUAAUUGACAAAGUUUUAGAGGAAACAAAUCUACCAUCGCUCUCUGCUUGGUACCUGGAACACCUCAGAUGCUAUGAAGUCUGCAAGAACCACUCUGCAAAGCUGCUUGUAGUCCAGCCAGAGGAGCUCAAUGACUACUUCCCCCCUGUCAGCGUAUAUGGUGAAAGGCAGACUUCUGAUCUCUCCAAAAGGGUUUCUGCUCCAUUGAGGUAA